GUAAUUUAAAAUUACAUACUUAUUUAAUGUUAUUUAAUACUUAGGUAUUUAUGCAACACUAUCGAUCGCGUACUCGUCCCUUUCUCUGAUAAGUUGUUCACUUGUACCUAUAUGUUCGUGUAUUAAAAUUAUAAUUUAUAAAUUUGCGUUCGUACUGCAUAACAAAAUGGCCAGUAUGUCGAGUUUUUCUUCGUCUGUGAACGAAUCGCAUUCAGAAGAGGAAUUUAUAUUAUUUAAGACCCAACUGAAAAAGGUUCAAGAUCUUAUUGAAGAAUACAACUUUAAAAUCGUAAACAAGACAUUAUGUGCAGAGGAUCUAGCUAUCAUGAAGUUAGAAAUGAAAUAUUUAACAGAACUUGAGCAGCAAGUGACUUCAGAUAAAAUGAAGUCCAGUUAUGUAUCGUACAAAACUAUAUCUUUAAAAAUGGUACAAGAAUCUUAUCGUAUUUGUAGCUGGCUUAUGGAAAAGCAAUGCAGUGAAAUGGAUAAUAUGUUUGAUAUAGAUACAUAUGUUGAUAAAAUUAUUGAAGCAUGUACUGAUAAGGAAGACCCUUUAAGCCACUUAAAUACUUUAUUCAAUGGUGCCUUUAAAAAUAUAAAUUAUUUUAAGCUAAGUUUCUACGGGAAUAUUAAAUGGGAAGAACCUGCUGAAACCCAAGUAUUAUCACAGGCAAAGAAAGAAUUCAGAAGAUCACAAAAGAGACCCUUAGAAGAUCAAGUGAUUCCUGACGAGGUAGGUAGUGAAACUGGUGAUAAUGAAUUACAAAUAACUUUGUUAAGAGUUAAACGCUGUUUGAAGAAAGCUGUAGUAGAUAAUGAUGGGGAUCCAGUAUCAUUCCAUGCAUUUGCUAUUGAUCCAUUUAGCUUGACAUUUACAAUAGAAAAUUUAUUUCAUUUGGCUUCAUUAGCGAAAGACGGUGUUAUUGAAAUUGAAAGAUUAUCAGAUGAUGAAAAUAAUGAGUUUUCGACAAUAACAUUAGCUAAAAAAAAAAGUACUAAUACUAAACCCAAAGCAAAUGAUAUAAUAUCUUCUUUAUUCACCAUGAAUCAUGAGUUAUGGCAGUAUUAUAUCAAGAAAUACCAUAUAACUAAACGAAUGAUCAAACAAGAUGAUGAUGAGUAACUUUUAAAUUAUUAUAAAGAUAUAUUGAUAAUUACUUGAAAUUUAUCUAAAAAUCUUAUAUGUUUCAUUUGUUUAAAAAUCACAAUAAGAAAAAUUAUAUACAAUUUUUAUAAGUUUUUUUGUUGGUCUCGUUAAUUUUAUCAUUUAAUAGUUAAUGAACUCAUAAUAAUCUUAUAUUAAUAACUUGAAAUUACCUAGUUAUGAGUCAAUAAAUUAAAACAAGGGAAAUUAGAUAGGUACUUAUUUUUUUUUGAUAGAA